AUGCAGGAGCACGCUGACGGAUAUGUCGUCAUCCUCAUGUUCUUUGGCUCGAUCCUCCUAGGAGCACUGGUGAUGAUGGGUUUGGAGCGUCUCCUUCCUGCGUUGCCUUACACAGUGGCGAUGUUCCUGUGCGGCAUCGUGUUUGCUUCGUGGCACUUUUCGCGCACGCCAGAAUCUACCAUCAGCUGGUCAAGUUGGUUUCGAUCCGUCGAGAAGUGGGAAGGGAUCAAUCCACACCUCCUUUUCUACAGCUUCCUUCCACCCUUGAUCUUCAGCGAGGCUAUGAAGCUGAACGUUCGCUUGGUGCAGAAGUGCUUCGCACAGGUGUUUCUUCUGGCAUGCCCGGGCGUACUUCUGGGCACUGGGAUGGUGGCACUCGUCGCAAGGCGGUCAGAGGUUAAUGCCAAGCCUUUGCGAAAGAUAGCCAUGGCUGCGGUUCUACGCAAUCGACCUCCAGAGAUUCUCGUUCUGAUCGAGUCGAUGUGGAUCAGCGCUGCGAGGAGCUGCGUCUUCCGGGACACUCUUCGCGGAUACCUCGAAGACAACUUUUCCAAGAACUUGAAGGCCUUGCAGGAGCUGUCCCAGCAGGUGAAAGCGAUCCAGACGAGUCUGGACACGAAGCACUUCGCCCGAUCGGUGACCCCUCAGCAACUCGGGACGGCAGUCGGACCGUCCCCUCCGGUGACACAGGCCCUCUUGAUACCACCGACACCGGGUCAAAGUGAAGCCGAAAGUCCGGGUGCUUUGUUGGGGCUGGAGUCUUCCGGGCUGAUGUCGCACACGUCGAGCAACAACGAUAUUACAGGCUCGGCGGGAGUGGCAUCCUGGUCAUCCUUCAUGCAAGGGGAUUUCCAAAGCCACAAGAAGAAGGCAAUGCUGGCUGCGAAAACUGCGAAGUUGAACACUGUGCAGUCGCAGAGCUUUGAGACCGAAGAGGGGGAGCAGCCGGUUGCUGCGAUCGACACGAACCUGGGCAAGUCUUGUUCUCUGAUGUGCGUGGUGCAGUCUGCGUGGUUUACCUAUUUAAUUCAGGCCACCAUUCUCGUGAACUUAAUCAUCCUGGGCGUGGAGGUUGAUACCGCUGCACGGCUUUCGCCUGGAGACGAGCCACAGGGCUUUUGGGUGGCGAAUGUUGUCAUCGUACUGAUCUUCGUGCUAGAGUUGCUCAUGAAGCUAUUAGCGCAUGGGGUACGCCAGUUUUUCUGUGGCUCUGAGCGGUGGUGGAAUCUCUUUGACAUGUGGCUCUACAGCACAAGGACCUGUUGGGGAAGGGAAGGCAGUCGGCGAUGCAGAAAGUGUAUUGUUGUGUGGUUUGGCCCGAAUGCCUUAAAUGAAGUACUCACAAUGGCAUACUUUUAUCGUGAUGAUCACAGUCAUCCAUCAUCAACCCCACCAUCACCAAUCGCAACAGCGACAAAAGCAGCGCCACCACAACUGCCAACGAUUGCACAACAGCAACACCACCAGCAGCAGCAAAAACAACAGCAACAGCAACAUCAGCAAGAGGCCAUAACACUGUUGACAACAUUUGUUUGA